AUGAGACAACAGAAGAGAUGGGAAACAAUCCAACUGCUGCUUCGUAGAGGUGCAGAUCCCAAUGCAUCAGGGGUCCCACCACACCUUCUGUUCUUUGCUGUUAAAGCUGCAGAUGCAGAAGCAGUGAAACUCCUCUUAGAAAGGGGAGCCAGGACUGAUGUGUGCCUUCCAUCCAAGGUAGGGGGAUUAACUCCUCUCCACAUAGCUGUGUCAAUUCCUGGGGAGGAAGGGGUCCAGAUAACACAGUAUCUCCUGCAUUCUGCUCCAGAUCUUAAUGCAAGGGCAGAUGAUGGAAAUGAGAUAUAUGGUCCAGACAAGACUCAAGCCAGAGAAGCCAACUUGACAGGUGGUGUCACUCUGCAACUGAGAAAUGAAGCAGGACCACCACAAGAGUACUUUUCAUCCUAUAGUGGUCCUGUCACUGAAGAAGGUGAAAGGACGGCAUUGCAUAUUGCAUGCCAAAGAGAGGAUAAUAGUGAGCGUGCCAGGGAUGUUAUCCACCUCCUUUUAAUGAAUCACGCAAAUCCAAACAUAUUGUGGAGUGGCCAUUCACCACUUUCCUUAGCAAUUGCCAGUGGGAAUGACUUGGCAGUGGUUGAACUCCUCAAACAUGGGGCUGACCCAAAUCUGACGUUAAGUGGAGCAGUAAGAAGUGCCCUCUGUGCAGCUGUCAGUACAGUGUAUGAACAGCAGAGGACAACAGCACAAAGGAUUGCUUUGGUUGAUAAGCUGCUUGAAGCUGGCGCAGAUAUCCUUGCACCAGUUACUCUUAGGGAAGGACAGAGAAAAGCUGUGGGAACACCUGUUGACUAUGCCUAUUAUAAAUAUUAUCAGGACAGAAGAAUUGCUCACACACCAUACCACAUACUGUCAGCAUCUGAGCAGGAAGUUUUUCAAACACGCCGAUCGCUGCUGGAACACAUUACAGCAAAGCUUCGUGAGCGUGUCAUCCUGAAAGAGAAAGAAUGGGAUCGAGAAGAGCUGAGAAGAUCCAAAAAAUUGGAUUCAGCCGUUCCUAGGCGUGAUUCAAAGAAGAAAGGAGGGAGCCAUCGUGUGGAAGAAGUGAGACUACCAUACUUUAAAUAUUGCUAUCAGUGUGGACAUUCAGUUGGUGUUCAGCUGUCACCUUGUAUGCGUUGCCAUGAAGUCUUCACUUGCAGUGUGACUUGCAGAAGCAAAUCCUGGAAUGAACAGCAUAGGCAGGAAUGCUCGGGAUUGCUGGAGAAGAGUACAGGUCAAGCAGCUCUGGAUGCAAGCAGUGCAGCAUGCAAAAAGAAUGUCACUGGCAAAAAGGGGGAAAAUGUAAGAGAAGGAAAAGAUCAAAGGAGAGCUGGAAGAAAGAGUAAAGUUGGCAUUGGUGGAAGAGAGCAUCACAGGAAGAAUGACUGACUUGUUUCAAAUCUCUCCUACUAUUAUGUGGACAAAUUUUAAUACCACUGUACUUUCUGCCUUGUAUUCCACUCCUGCUAAGGUUAGAAGUGAUCUAUUUUGACAUGUUUUGCAAAACUAAAUGGAAACAUCUAAGAUACCACAUAUGAGCUCAAGUGUGAUAAUGCCAUUGAAAACCAGU